AUGGCGGCCCCAGACCCCGAAGUCGGCGCCGCCGCCUGCGGCGCGGUGCGCGAGCUGCUCGCGCCCGACGCCGCGACGGCGCCCGGCCUGGAAGCGCUGCAGCUGGUGGCGGACCUGGUCAAACGCCGCAAGUGCGCCGCGCCGGCGCGCGUGGUGGAGGCGCUGCUGGUGCUGCGGCUGCGGGAGGUCGCCCCGCCGGACCCGACGGAUGGCGGCAAGGCAGCGCCCCAGAAGGCGCGCAAGAAGAAGAAAAGGAAGAAGGGUCAGGCCCUCUUUGAGACGUUCUUCCGCGUCCUGAAACACUGCGCCAACACGGUGCACUCCCAGCAGCAGCAGCAGCAGCAGCAGCAGCAGCAGCAGCAGCAGCAGCAAGAGGAGGCGGCCGGCGCCCGCGGCGCCCUGGACCAGCCAUGGGCCGCGUCCAAGGUGGCCGGGAAGUUCCCGCUGCUGGCGCCCGUACUGGCGGGGCUGGGGCGGUACAGCCACCUCAUCAGCGUCGACUACUUCAACGACCUGAUGGCCGUACUGCAGGAGGUGGGCGUCGCCCGAUGGGGCGCCGCAUGGGGGGUGCAUGGUCCAGCGUUUCGGGUCCGGGUAUAG